AUGGCGACUUCAAACGAUCAGGCCACUCAUCUAGACAUUGCGUCGCCCUCAGACAUCAAGACAGCCGAUGCGCGCACAGAGACACACGAUGGAGAGAUCAAUAAACAGGAGAACACAUUGGACUUUGAUCCUUCGCCCGUCGUGUCGAAAGUCUCUGCGCCUGAGAUGGAGGAGUCAAAUGAUACCCAAGGCCAAGUCGCUAUCGAAGACUCGACAGGUGUCAAGACGGCUACUCUUGGUUCUCCUUUUCCCUCGCCCAGAAUUGUUGCAGAGGACAGCAAGAGCAGUACCUCUCUUGAAGACGGGGAGAUCGUAGAGCAAGACCUCAACAAUGAAGUUGGAGCGAUCUCUGUGACUGUGCAGGAGCAACAAGAGCAGAUUGAUGAUAAGGAAAAGACCAAGCUUGGUAUAUCUCACUACCAUCACCAAAGUCAUCUGCUAAUCAAAGGAAAAGCAUCUCCAAUUGCCAAGAAGGAAGCUCCUCUGGCAUCGCCCCCUGGACAGCAUGUCGAGGCCACCAAGACCGACGUCGACACCGGAGCCGAGGACAGCGACGUCAAGACCGACACAGACGCGAAUAUCGAGGUUCCGAAGCCUUCGAGGCCAGCUCAUAGUCUACCCCCACACAUGCGCCCUGACUUCCAGUCGCCUCCAUCCCGCCUUUUCGGCCUUCCGGACCCGAGGCAAAUCAUGUCGCCAAACGAGGUCAUUCGAUUCCACGAUGCUCAGCGCGCUCGCUUCCACUUCAAUUCCCACGGAUCCCGAGGAGGCGACCACGGCGAUCGCGAACAAAUCGUCCGCCUGAACGCACAGCUCAUGAAGCUCAAGAACGAACUUGAUGCCGAGCGCAACAAGGGCGUGCGUCUCCGCAAGUCUAUCGAAGCUGAGCAGCAACAAAAGGUCGAAGCCGCAUCAUCUGUCAUGUUAACAAACCUCCUCCGCGACCAAGCCACAACCCUCACGCUCAAGUCCAAAGUCGAAGCCCGAGAGCGCGGCCUCGAUGAACGCGAGCAGAAGAUUACGCAGCUAGAAGUCUACCUCACCGAAGGCCAGAAGCAGCUCAUAUACGCGCUAGAAGAGAACGGCGAUAGACCGAUGAGCGCUGUGCAAAUGGAACACGCCCGUCGCGAAGCCGAACUCCAUGCGCAGAAAGCCAUGGCUGAUAUGAACGGCAAACUCAACAUCAAGAUCGAAGCUCUCCGUCUCCGCGAAGCGGCCCAACAGAUGCGGGAACAGAACUGGAAGGCUAUUGCCCGCGAGCAACUCGAAGCUGAACUCGCUGACAACUCCAUCACUCAUGAGAAGGCUGAUGAGGUUGCGGAGGAGGCGUACAAUGAUGGGUUUGGCGCGGGUAAAGAGGCGGGUCGUAAAGAAGCGCUCAAGGAAUCGCACCAGCGCGGUUUCCUAGAAGGCUACGCUGCGUGUCAUCGUACGCAGGUCGCUUUGAGUAAGAUGCGACAGGGUCUUAUUGCGCGCGACGACCCUGAACUGGACUUCCUAUAUGAUGCUAAUCAUCCGCAUAACCUCUACACCAUCGGUUCCCUCCUCGGUCGCAUGGAAACUGAGAACAGCAAUGAACAGACUUCGAAGGUUGUUGGUCAGAACGAGAUUGUUGCUGAAAAAGGCACCCCCGUAUCUGCUAGAAAGAUCGAAUCUGCUGAGGAGGCUCCAAGGAUGGAUGGCAAGGUCAACGGUUAUACCAGUGGCCACACCAACGGCAUCAACGGCAACACCAACAGUGCCAUGAUCCACAAGCGCGAAGAACCCGCCAUCAAGAUGCCUCCGCCCCGCCCUACCUUCGCCGCCGAACUCCGCGGCCCUUCACUUACGCACAACGGACAUAUUGUGCUCGCUAACAACGUCGCGUCGCCUGUUGCCAAGGAGACUGGUCGUCCGAUUAUCAAGUACGAGGACGAGGGCGUGAAUUUGAUUGAUCUCAUGUAG